GUGUGAUAGUUCCACAAGUUAAUGAUCAACUGAUGAUUGUAGCUUCAAUAACUACUUUGAAUGCAUUUACUGUUAAUGUAUCACUGAGUAAUAAUGGAGGAACAUUUAAUGACAUGUCAUCUUUUGGGUUUAGUUUUCUUGGACCAGUUACUAACAUUGACUCUUCAAUUGACAACUGUUCUAGUAUUAAUAUAACGUGGACCGCUCCUGCAGUUGAUGAUAGAGUACCUAUACAGUAUUACAUACUAAGAAUAUAUAAUGCUAUUACUGGUAGUCUAGUAAAGAAUGUAUCAGUAUAUGAUACCAGUUAUCAGUUUGUGGAUAGUAAUAUAUUGAUUCAUCGUUACACAUAUGUUAUAACUGGAGUUAAUGAAUUAGGAGAAGGAAUAUCUAUUAAUGAUACAUUCUCAUAUCAAAGAGUACCUAGAGUUCCACAAAAUACAUCACUUGACGUGCUCUAUUAUACACAAGAUGUGGUUAUUGUCCAGUUCUAUUUUCCAAUUAUUUUGAAGUGCAUUGGUGAAGCCCCUAAACAUGUUAUAGUUACUGUAAUAUGUAAUGGAAUUGAUAGUAGUACAACUUACCAAAUAAGGAAUAUGAAUGAUAUUACAGGAUUAAUAUCAGUACCAUUAAACCAACAGUGUAAUAUCAGUAUUGUAUUUAGUAAUGAGGCUGGUAGUAGUGAACCAUUUAUACUAGCAUUUGAUACAUACCCUCCUUCUCCUAACAACACUAAUGUCACUACUACUGUACAAACAUCCCCUACUACUGGCACAUCUGUUUCAACAGGUUUUAGCAUCAGCAUUGUUAUUGUCACAGCAAUAUCAUUGAGUGUUGUUAUUGUAUUAUUACUACUAAUAAUCAUAAGUCUCAUUGUGCUUGUUAUUACAUACAAAAAGAAGUUAUACAGGUCUGCCUCAUCACAACAAAAUAUACCUACUGCAUGUAAUGAAGCAUAUGAAUUUAACACAUUAAUGAUUAAUACUAAUCCUACUUAUGAAGAAAUAAGAGGAAACAGAGGAGGAGCAGUUAACUUGUGACUCAUUGUAAUUAUAGUUAUAAAAACAUUUUAGUGACUAAAAUUAGAGAUGUGUGUACAUUACAAUCAAUAUUACCGUGCAUAGCUUUGGCUUUCAGAAAAUUUUGACUCCAUAUCAAUAUUUUUA